AUGCAUAGUAAAACUGCUACUUAUCUUAUUGAACUUUUUCCUGUGCCAGGACCCCAGGUUUAUCCAACUCGAAAUUUCAGUCGAGGAGACAUCUUCUUGAACUUAAGAGGUCGGGCAUUAUUGGAGAAAUCCUUUAUUCGGGAUGGUAUUCGUGCAUGGAAUCUACUACCUAAUGAUAUACGUUCAAUACAUAAAUUGACUGAUUUUAAACUCAGAUUAGUCUUGCAAUUUAUUUCGCCCUUUCUUCCAAGUACUAGCAACACACCUGUACUGGCAACAACGGCUGUACUGGCGACAACGACUGUACUGGCAACAACAACUGAAAAUCCAUUGGCAUUUCAAAGCAGCGUGUCCACUGUGACAUACAAUAUAUCAAGUGCAGAAAACAUGACUGAUGGCGAAUUAACGAGAACAACGCUAGAUGAUAUCAAACCGCAGAUAUUAGCUCUCCUGCCAAAUAUAACAGUAGCGGAUCUAGACAUAUUAAACGGCACUUUAGAAACUGAGGGUAGAAAACGUCGAAAUCUGUAA